UCUCUAGUGCUGCUGCUCUAAUUGAAAAAGAUGAAAUGAUACAAAGACUUGAAUCACAACUGCAGGAAGCUAAGAGUUUAUAUUAUGAAAAGGAUGAAGAGAAGCAGUCUGUGCAAUUCACUAAAGUUCCUGGAGAAUACAAGGAUAAAGUCAUUGAACUACAGGAUCAAGACUUUGAUGAAAAGAUUUAUUUAGAAGAUCAAGUGAUUGUAAAGAAAGAGAAGAUAGAUAUCACUCUACAUGAACAGGAUCUAUUUAGCAUCAAGGGAACUAACUCAGUUGGAAUACAAUUUAACUACAUGAUCCCUUCAAUGGGUAAGAUUACUUACAAGUACUUAAAGUUUGCAAUAGCUCCUGUGAGCACAGCCAGUCUUCCUUACCAGUUCACAUUAGUAGAGGGAGGAGAGUUUAGGAGUGAUAGUUGGUAUGGAUCCAUUAAACGUGAGAAAUUCUGUCUUGUAUCUGUCUGUGGCUGUGAUGGAGGAGGAGGAGGAGGAAGUACCACCAGUUCUUCAUCAGAAGUUUCAUCUCAUUUAGCUGAUCCUUUAUCAGAAUCUAGUCACAGCCUGAGAACAAGGAACUCAUCUUCUGGGGGUAAUGAUGGAUUAAUUCAAGAUACAGUGCCUCAACAGUCAGUAUUAGAAGAUUCAGCUAGUACUGGAAGUAUACCUGAAGAAUUAUUAAGAGCUGCAACAUAUGCUGGGCUGGUUUAUUAUGAGGAGGAUGGUGUUGAAGAUGCAGUAACAUUCACUGCAGCUAAGAAAUUAGAUGCUCUCAUUGAAUUCAUUAAAGGGGAACAUUCAGAAGCAAAAAGAGGACCCAAUAUUUACUUUCGUAUUACAUCUCCUGAUGGUUAUAUUGAAUUAAAGUUUGAUGCUCCACAAGAUGAACCAUUUACUGGAUGGACUAUUAAACCUCACAUGAAACCUGCUAAGUUAUAUCAAGAGGAUAUAUUCAAUUUUGGUAAAGAAGAUUAUUCUCUUCCUCCAUCAUGCAUGGUAUCAGUUUAUGGAGCACCUGAUGCUGUUCCAACAUUGCACUACUCUGUCCCAAUAGAAGGUGUGGCUAAGCCUGUUACACUAUAUAUUCACAGAUCACGAAGAACUACUUAUCCUACUGCAGAUGGUGCUAGUAGUAGUGGUAGUGGUAGUACUAGAAUCAUGCCAAUACCAACUAAAAGAAGAAGAGAACUAGGAGGUUUUGAUAUUAAAGCAGUUAAGCAAAAGAUUAAAAAAGUUAUGAAUGAGAAUCACACUGAUUUUGCUGGACUUCUACAGUUUUCUCUGGUCCAUGUUGCUAACAAACUGUUUGAGGUUCAUAUAAUUUCUGAGGAAGUUCAGAAGUCACCAACUUAUGAUACCAUUGCCACAAGCUUUCUAUCUCUAAUGAAUUUGUUGGACUCUAAGUCUGACCUAGAGAAGCAUUGUGUGAAGUAUCUUGAAGCUCUGUCUAGUGUUGGGGGACCAAUAGAAUUUGCUGCUAAUCUCUUGAGGGAAAAAUGGACAACAGCUCUGGAGGGUGCACUUCAGUUAGAACAGUCUGUGAAAAGAGUUAGAACUAAUGAUAGUGACAUUGCACUUAAUGAUUUCAAUUUGGAGUUGUAGCUAAUGCUAUAUGUUAUUUAGUUUUAAAUUUAUGUUAGUUCUUAUGUCUUUAUAAUACUAUA